AGGGCAGCGGAAUCGUGGCUCCGUUAGCAUCCCAAGCUAGCGGUUUGUUUUGCGCACCGCACUAUGAAAGGAGGCGUCUCUCGGCGUAAAGAUAAAGACUUCUUCAAAUAACUCCGCCUAAUCCUUGAGCUAACCAUUAUCCCUCAAUGAGUAGCCUCGACAAAUACUAGUUUUUGGGAUGAGGAUACGGACUCGGAGACAAUGUGCGAUGGAGGGUGAUGGGAAGAAGAUGGACCAAGCGCCUCCGUUUAGAAACCCUUUUGUACAUGUCUUGAGAUUCACCCCCAUGGAAAAAGCAAAGGUGGCAGUUAUGACAGUCACGCUGUUUCCCAUCCGUCUUCUCAUAGCUGCAUUUAUGAUGCUGCUGGCUUGGCCUUUUGCGUUUGUGGCCUCAGCGGGACGCUCUGAGACUACUGUUGAACCUCAGUGCCUCUGGAGACGACUGGUCGACAUCAUUUUGAGGAUCAUCAUGCGGGUCAUGUGGUUUGCAGGUGGCUUUCAUUGGAUAACUGUUAAAGGGCAGAGGGCAUUGCCUGCCGAAGCGCCCAUUCUCACUCUGGCACCCCACUCUUCUUAUUUUGAUGCCAUCCCAGUCACGAUGACAAUGGCUUCUAUUGUCAUGAAAGCUGAAAGCAAGGAUAUACCCUUGUGGGGAACUUUGAUAAAGUACAUCAGGCCAGUGUUUGUAUCACGAUCAGACCAGGACUCAAGAAAGAAGACCGUGGAAGAGAUCAAACGCAGAGCCCACUCUGGAGGGGAAUGGCCACAGAUAAUGAUUUUUCCAGAGGGAACCUGCACAAAUAGAUCCUGCCUCAUCACCUUUAAACCAGGAGCCUUCAUCCCAGCAGUACCAGUGCAACCGGUUGUGAUGAGAUACCCAAAUAAAUUGGAUACAAUCACAUGGACAUGGCAAGGGCCUGGAGCGUUUAAAAUCUUGUGGCUGACACUGUGCCAGCUCCACAAUGUCUUUGAAAUAGAGUUCCUUCCCAUCUACACCCCCUCUGAGGAAGAGAAAAGGAACCCUGCUCUCUUUGCUAUCAACGUGAGGCAUGUCAUGGCCAAAGCCCUUGCGGUCCCCAUCACAGAUUACUCCUUUGAGGACUGCCAGCUCGCCAUGGCAGAAGGCCAGUUGAGACUGCCAGUUGAAACUUGUCUGUUGGAGUUUUCCAAACUUGUCAGGAGACUAGGGCUUAAGCCCCAAAACACCGAAAAGGUGCUGCAGGAUUAUGCGAACAGAGCCAGGAAGCUGGAAGGAAAGACGCUUUGCCUGGAAGACUUUGCUCAGUUCUUGGAUGUGCACGUUUCAGAUAUGUUACAAGACAUGUUUUCCCUUUUUGAUGAGCAUGAAGAUAAUAGCGUGGAUAUCCGAGAAUAUGUGAUAGCCUUAUCUGUUGUCUGCAGACCUUCCAAAAGUCUGGAAACACUGAAGUUGGCCUUCAAGAUGUUUGAGGCUGAGGAGGAUGGCGCUAUCACAGAGACAGAGUUGGCAGUUAUUCUGAAGACCGCUUUGGGAGUUACUCACCUCAGUAUCACUUGCUUGUUUGCUGCCAUUGACAGUGAAGACACAGGAAAGAUCACAUUUGAGAGUUUCAGGAGCUUUGUGGAAGACCACAUGGACUUUGCAGAGGAAUACCUGUACCCUGAAAAUCCUGGCCUCCUGAGUGGUACCUGCCAGCAUCAACAAACAAAGACAAGCCUUUCUUUUCACAAUGCGCAUGACACUGCCAACAGCAAAAUAACUAACGGUGUCUGCCCUGAUUUCAGCCCCAAUGAUCAUGACAGCACAAUUCAUGAACUCUUCAAGAAACACAAUUGAAAGAGUUAAGGUUAUGGUUGAGGAACAUGAAACAUCUCUCCUGGUGAGAGGUUGUUAUGUUAUGCAUGCUUGGUGUAGGUGGUUGCAUUUUUUUUAAUGGAAAGGGACUAUAUUUCACUAAUUACAAAUGUUUACCAGGCUUAACCUAUUGUUAGCAUUGUGUCAGACGGUUUUCUUAAGUAGCAUCCUACAUGAUGGCAGUUUUACUUAUAUGUUGAUUACCUUUUUUGAGGGGGUUGUCAGGAGCCCAACUUCGGCUGUUUCGAUUACAUUACUUGAAGGGCACUUACUAAAGGCCGGGGUCUUUUUCUUUUUUUUUUUCUCUCAGCUGCAUUUUUGAAAAGGCUGUGCAUGUUUAUAGCAAGGGGAAAUCAAGCCUUGACAAUGAAAGGAACACAUUUGGGAAAGUAAUGAGUUUCAAAUGUAUAUUUGUUUCCCUUUUUUAUGGUUAUCUGCUUUUUGGCUCGAGAGUGGGCGUUUUCAACAGUAUUGAGGCGUAUUUACAUAAAGUUCCACCCGAGUUAACCGGUGACAAUUAUCGCGCUUGAAGCCAUUUUAGUGCUUCAAGCUAAAUUUGAGGAUAACUCUGGUCAUCUGAGUUGGUUACAUUUUUGCUAUGAGCUUGUUAAAUACAUAUAUUUAUACAAUAUUUUUGAUUUAGCUCAGGGUUCAGUAACACAAAUGACAAAUAUACUUUUAUGAUGUCAUCAUUAUUUACUUUGAGUUUUGCGCAUGUCUUGUUUGAAUGACAUCUGUAUCGUUCUGCUUACUUUCAUUCACUCGUCUUUAUUGUUAUCACACAAUUUGGACCAAAUAUGUGUUUGGUGAAUAUGUCACCUGUUAUGUCUGUACCUUACAGUCGGUGGUGUAAUGGCUUUAAAGUGCAGAAAUGGGGGUUUAGGUGUGACCGUUGAAAGCACAUUUUGUUUUGGUGGCUUCGGCAAAUUUUAUAACGCGUCAUUCCAAAUUCCCUUUCUGCCUUACAAUGCCGUACAUGUUGAUAAUCCCUAUUCAAUUCAGAGCAUACAUAGCUUCAAUCAUUUUGAAAGAAAAGAUAGGCUAAAGGUUCUUAUUUUUGUAAAAAUUCUUCAUAC